CUAACAGUUCGUAGCUCUACCCAGAUUCAGUCCACCUCCGAAUCAGCUAGCGAGCACACCUAAAAAAUAGUACACGUACGUUAAAAAAAAAUUCAGUAAAUCGUCGGUUGUGUCUCCAUCAGCUCUCAUCGAAAUUGAAAAUUGAAUUAAUUUUUCUGAAUUAAUUUUUGGUGAAAUAUUUUUUCAAUUUCGUUCGCGAAAGUUGACCCAAAACCCUCGUCAAUAUGCGUGAGAUUGUGCACAUCCAGGCUGGCCAGUGCGGCAACCAGAUCGGAGGCAAGUUCUGGGAGGUGAUUUCCGACGAGCAUUGCAUCGAUGCUACCGGUACGUAUUACGGAGACAGCGAUCUGCAGCUGGAGCGCAUCAAUGUCUACUACAACGAGGCCACCGGUGCCAAGUACGUGCCUCGAGCCAUCUUGGUUGAUCUUGAGCCCGGCACCAUGGACUCUGUCCGCUCGGGAGCCUUUGGCCAGAUCUUCCGCCCGGACAACUUUGUGUUCGGUCAGUCGGGAGCCGGCAACAACUGGGCCAAGGGUCACUACACCGAAGGUGCCGAGCUGGUUGAUUCCGUCUUGGAUGUGGUCCGCAAGGAAUCGGAGGGCUGCGAUUGCCUCCAGGGCUUCCAGCUUACUCACUCUCUGGGUGGCGGCACUGGCUCCGGCAUGGGCACCCUGCUCAUUUCAAAGAUCCGUGAGGAGUACCCCGACCGUAUCAUGAACACCUUCUCGGUGGUGCCGUCGCCUAAGGUGUCCGAUACCGUUGUAGAGCCGUACAAUGCCACCCUCAGUGUGCACCAGCUGGUGGAGAACACGGACGAAACGUACUGCAUCGACAACGAGGCACUGUACGACAUCUGCUUCCGCACGCUGAAGCUGACCACGCCGACAUACGGUGACCUGAACCACUUGGUCUCGGCCACAAUGUCGGGGGUAACCACGUGCCUGCGCUUCCCCGGCCAGCUGAACGCCGAUCUGCGCAAGCUGGCCGUGAACAUGGUGCCCUUCCCCCGGCUGCACUUCUUCAUGCCCGGGUUCGCACCCCUCACAUCCCGCGGCUCCCAGCAGUACCGGGCCCUGACCGUGCCCGAGCUGACCCAGCAGAUGUUCGAUGCCAAGAACAUGAUGGCCGCCUGUGACCCCCGGCACGGCCGUUACCUCACCGUAGCCGCCAUCUUCCGUGGCCGCAUGUCCAUGAAGGAGGUGGACGAGCAGAUGCUCAAUAUCCAGAACAAGAACAGCAGCUUCUUCGUCGAGUGGAUCCCCAACAACUGCAAGACAGCGGUGUGCGACAUCCCGCCCCGAGGUCUGAAGAUGUCGGCCACUUUCAUCGGCAACUCGACUGCCAUCCAGGAGCUUUUCAAGCGGGUGUCCGAGCAGUUCACGGCCAUGUUUCGGCGAAAGGCUUUCCUUCACUGGUACACCGGUGAGGGCAUGGACGAGAUGGAGUUCACUGAAGCCGAGAGCAACAUGAACGAUCUGGUGUCGGAGUACCAGCAGUACCAGGAGGCCACCGCCGACGAGGAGGGCGAGUUCGACGAAGAUGAGGAGGGUGGCGGCGAUGAAUAGAUACUUAUACAUAUACUAAUUACGACAACACACCAUCAAGCACCCAACACUGUGUCCCGCAGACGCCCCAAAUCAACACUGAUGCUAGCGGACAACAACGAGCGCAGCCCUUCAAGAAGUACACAGAACGAACACCUUUAUCUUUUAAUGUCGGUUGUACAUAUUUCCAUAAGUUGUUGGUCUUUGUGAGAUCGUGCGUCACACUACCUAUUCACUUACUACACCCUUUUGUGUUGCAAUUGCUGUCUAUUGGAGUUAAACAAAUAAAACUGGUUGGUGACCACUGAAAAGUAA